AUGCCAAUAGCUGUACCAUUUCUCAGUGGUAGUAAACAACUCUCAAUUGUACUAGCAGAACCUGUUGUCUUGCUAAGGGGUCCACCUACUGAACCGACAACGCAUGUCUUGAGAGGAGAAGUUGAAUUGUUAUUGUCAAAGCCAAUGACCGCAACUCAUGUCACAAUUAAACUCGUUGGCAAAUCAAAUAUACUCUGGCCAGAGGGAUUAGGUCCUAGAGGAAAUAAAGUAUAUCAUGAAAAGACAAUAUUAGAACAAAAUAUCAUUCUUGACAGCAGACCGGCUGAGGAUCAACAGACUCUUCCCGCUGGAUUAAAUCGAUGGCCAUUUGAAUUCUUGAUACCCAAUAGUAUAGUCGAAACAAUUGAAGACGAAAUGGCUCAAGUCUAUUACUACAUCUGUGCAACAGUAGAGCGACCUGGAUUUGGUACACCCAACUUGAGAUGCCGCAGAAAUGUUCUUCUAUUACGAACACUAGCACCCUCUAAUGAUGCCCUUACAUCACAUGCUCUACCAACAACCUCCAUUGUUGCAGAACGUCGAACAGAGGCCUGCGAUGCUACAUUCUAUAUUGAAAAAUCUAUUGUCUCCUCUGGCACUCAAUUCCCAAUCUCUAUUGUUUUAUUGACACAAAUGAAGCAUGUUCAACUGGAAUCAAUAGAUAUUGUCCUGACCGAAAGAAGAGUCUAUCAAGUCCCAGAGUAUGGCGCAAGGAAGGCCGAACUACAUGACUUCAAGCUCCAGCUCGUCUCAGUCACAGACAUGACUGACUCUGAACAACUACAACAAACCAUGACCCCAUCCUUGGAUAUACCAACCCAGCAGAUCCGAAGAGCACUCAGCGGCAAAAAUGCUCACAUACCCCUGGGCUCAACGCCAUUCCAAUACAAAUUCAUAUUCACACUCCCCAACUGCUUGACCCUGAAUCACACCACUUAUUUUAAAGAAAUGAAUUUCCUUCACCAUUUAAAGAUCGAUUUAGAAUUUUCUGUGCCUUCUACAGCCAGUUCGUCAUCAUCGUCGACCAAGUCUCCCGAACUUGAAAGAACCCAUAUUCAUCUUGAAACACCCAUCACCAUCCUCGAUUGCCGUCUCAAGGAAGACUUUGUCACUUUGCCCACGUACCAAGAAGCUCUAACGGAUGCACCUGUCUCGGAACAUGAAAAUGAAGAAGACUUGCUCAAGAAGAGAGCAGGAUUUUUCAUUUGCCCCUGCUAUGUCGAGUACAAAAAGAAGAGUACGACCUUUACCGGAAAGGAGUGGGACGUCAUUCUUCAUAAUAGUGGCACUUCCAGUUGUGAAUCGUCUUAUCCAAACAGUAGAAAUGUCAGUCAAGAAUCCUUAAUCUUACUGCCUCCGCCUCCGCCCUACAAUCAACUAGAAAAGUAA